AUGGAUGCCCACGGCAAGGCGAAGCCCAAGAAGGCUUGCAAGAAAGCGAAACGGAAGGCCAAGGCCAAGACCAAGUCCACGCGCCGAAGUAAACGAUCUUCGCAGCCUCGCGAACCUACGAUACGCUUCAUGCCUAUGCCUCCCAUGACGGCUAUGCCCUUGCACCCAGCUCCGGUAGCUGGGAUGGCAAUGGGGUUAGGCAUGGGCAUGGGCAUGGGUAUGGGUAUGGCUCCUGGUAUGGACUUGCCGCUGGGCGACGGUUUCAUCGACUACGGGCCGGCGCCUGGCCAGGACAUGGGAUUAGAGAUGGGAUGGGGUGUAGACCCGGACUUUCGACUGGAGCAGUUUACGACGGAAGACGAUAUACAUGGUGACAGGGAGGUGACUUGUAACGAGUGCUGCUACUCGUUUUUCGAUUCUGUGUGUGGUAUCCCGCCGGAAGCUCGAGAUCUGAGAAGGGAGGUUGCUGGCAAUGGGGCUGUGAUUGUGAAUGACAAUGAGAUGGAGGCUGUGUAA